CGCUGUCCGGGACGUGGAGCUAUUCCAGAUACGCUCUGGAAUUGUGAACGGCGCACAAGAAGGACUUUCUAUAGCUUGAUUAGCGUAACAGCAAUAUUCUGCAUUGCAAAAUAAACAAACAAAGACAUCAAGCAUGGCGGUCGAAGAGGAAGGACUCCGAGUUUUCCAGAGCGUCAAAGUAAAGAUUGGAGAGGCAAAGAACAUUCCACCGUACCCAGGCCCCAACAGAAUGAGGGACUGUUACUGUACUGUGAAUUUAGACCAAGAAGAAGUCUUCCGAACCAAGAUCAUAGAGAAGUCCCUUUGUCCUUUUUAUGGAGAAGAUUUCUACUGUGAAAUUCCACGAAGUUUCCGGCACCUUUCUUUCUAUAUCUUCGACAGGGAUGUCUUCAGAAGGGACUCCAGCAUUGGUAAGGUUGCGGUGAAGAAAGAGGAUCUACAGAAGUAUCACGGCAAAGACACCUGGUUCCAGCUGCAACCUGUCUGUGCUGAUUCGGAAGUACAGGGAAAAGUUCAUCUUGAGCUGCGUCUCAGUGAAGUUAUCACAGACAGUGGGGCCGUCUGUCAUAAACUAGCCACGCGGGUACUGGAGUGCCAGGGCCUACCCAUCGUCAAUGGCCAGUGCGAUCCUUAUGCUGCUGUGUCUGUACUUGGCCCAUCCAGGACGGAGGCCAAGAAGACUAAAGUAAAAAGGAAAACCAACAAUCCUCAGUUUGAUGAAGUGUUUUAUUUUGAGAUGCAUAUCAUGUCCCAUCAGGGUCAGGUCACCAGACCCCUGAGCUACACCAAGAGACAGUUCGAUGUGGAAGAGGAGGAUGUAGACAAGCUAGCCCUACGGGUGGACUUGUGGAACGCCAGUAACCUGAAGUUUGGAGAUGAGUUUCUUGGAGGUGUGCGAGUACCCCUGAAGGUGCUGGGACAAGCAGGCGUCCAUGACGCGUGGUACUUCCUGCAGCCAAGAGACAACGGCAAUAAAUCGGUAAAGGCAGAUGAGUUGGGUUCGCUGCGGCUAAACAUCGUCUACACUGAGGACCAUGUCUUCCCCACCGAUCACUACAGUCCACUCCGAGACCUCCUACUGCACUCCGCUUCUGUUGAGCCUGUGUCGGCAUCAGCAGCCCAUAUCCUGGGUGAGGUGUGCAGAGAGAAGCAGGAAGCGGCCGUCCCCUUAGUGCGGCUUUAUCUGCACUCUGGAAACAUCGUGCCUUUCGUCAGUGCCAUCGCCCAUGCCGAGGUCAACCGGACACAGGAUCCUAACACCAUCUUCAGAGGGAACUCACUCACAUCAAAAUGCAUUGAUGAAACCAUGAAGCUAGCAGGGAUGCACUAUUUGCAGGUCACAUUGAAACCUAUCAUUGAUGAGAUCUGUGCGGACCACAAACCCUGUGAGAUUGACCCGGUCAAGUUGAAGGAAUCAGAAAACCUGGACACCAACAGGGAGAACUUGCGUCAGUACGUGGACCGUAUCUUUAACGUCAUCACCACCUCAGGAGUGCGGUGCCCCACCGUCAUGUGUGACAUCUUCUUCUCCCUGCGGGAAUCAGCCGCCACACGGUUUCAAGUUGAUCAGGAUGUGAAGUACACGGCGGUGAGCAGUUUUAUCUUCCUACGAUUCUUCGCCCCAGCGAUCCUCUCCCCCAACCUGUUCCAGCUGCGACCCCACCAUCCGGACCCCUGCACGUCCCGCACACUCACGCUCAUCUCCAAAACCAUCCAGACCCUGGGGAGCCUCGCCAAGUCCAAAUCGGCCAACUUCAAAGAAUCCUACAUGGCUGCAUUUUAUGACUACUUCAAUGAGCAGAAAUAUGCAGAUGCCGUGAAAAAUUUUCUGGAUUUAAUCUCCUCAUCUGGGCGAUGGAACCAGAGAAGCAUUGAGACUCCAAUCAUGCUGAAAGAAGGGUUUAUGAUUAAAAGAGCACAGGGCAGGAACCGCUUCGGUAUGAAGAAUUUCAAGAAAAGGUGGUUUCGACUCACAAACCAUGAGUUUACAUAUCAUAAAACCAAAGGUGAGGGCCCUCUCUGCAAUAUUCCCAUUGAAAACAUCUUGGCCGUGGAGAGACUGGAAGAGGAGUCCUUCAAGAUGAAGAAUAUGUUCCAGGUCAUCCAGCCUGAGCGGUGUCUCUACAUCCAGGCCAACAACUGUGUGGAGGCGCGCGAUUGGAUAGACAUCCUGACCAAGGUCAGCCAGUGCAACCGCAAGCGUCUGAGCACCUAUCACCCGUCGGCCUACCUCAACGGGCACUGGCUCUGCUGCAAGCUCUCGGCAGACUCCGCACCGGGAUGCACGCCUUGUACCGGAGGGCUGCCAGCCAACAUCCAGCUGGAUGUGGACGGAGACAGAGAAUCCGAGAGGAUCUUCACCCUCUUCAGUUCCUACAUGCCCAAACUGGUCAAAAUGCAAGAGGCGUGUGGGAGCAAGUCGGUGUAUGACGGGCCGGAGCUCGAGGAGUACUCCAGCUUCGUUAUCGACGACCCCCAGGAGACAUACAAGACCCUGAAGCUGAUCGUCUCCGCAGUCCAGACCCUGGAACACCAGCACGCACAGUACAAGAGAGACAAGUUCAGGAAGACCAAAUAUGGAAGCCAGGAGCAUCCGAUUGGUGACAAGGGUUUUCAGUGCUACAUCCGGCAGCAGUCCGAGAGCUCCACGUACUCGAUCUGACUCCGUCGGUGAUGAGUGGCACAUCAUCACCUUUAGCUCCACGGACUGAAAUCGUUAUCUGUGAAAAAAGUAAGAGAGUGGAACAACAAAAGAACUCGUUGGUGUGUUAGCUCAAACUAAUCAAGGUCAAAUGUGUCAAACCCCACGCACUUUAAAAAGCUUCAUGACUUCAGAAAACAAAGGGUCAAUCUCUCUUUUUAUUGUAUGUAAUGGUCAGUGUGCUACCGUAUGCCAUGUGGUACACCAUUUUCAUAGCGUUGCCAGUACUUUGGUUAAAGACACUUUAAGAAUUUGAAAGCAUUCUUAUGAACCUUCUGGGCUGCGUUUCCCAAAACCCUCUUGAUGCUAAAUCAUUCGUAAGCUAUACUUUAAACUGGACCGGAACGUUUCAAGGUGUUUUCUAAAAUAUUCCUUGCUAAGUAUGUCUUCCGUAAGAGAUACUUAAGUAAGUUUGGUCUGGACCACACUUAGCUAUACCUCAAGAUAAAUUUCUAAUGAAAAAAAAAAAAAAGAAAAACCUUUUACAGCUUAAAAAAGUUGUGAAGGUGUCUGGGCAUAUGCACUGUACUGUACUGCAAGGCCAAGAUAUGUGUAGCAUUGCCUUUUGUGCAUUAUGAAAUUAAAAGAAAAAUGCAUAUGAAUAAGUUAGUUGUUGAUGUGUAAUCCGUCGCAAAUACAAAUCAUUUUUAGAAUUUAAGUACCAUCUGAUCUACAGCCGUUCUUAGGUGGGGACUUUUUAAAAUGUUGACUUAUUUUUGUAAAUUUUGACAAUGCAUAGUAUUUUUCUUGCUGAUGCUCUUUCUAAUAAUGAUCAUUUGUGCUCCAUUCUGAGUUAACCUACUUGUUCUACGCAUGCUCAAACCUAUGUGAAGGACAACAACAAUCUUUUCCAGAAACAUGGAUUCAGCCCCAUAAGAUAUGCUUAAGAUGGCAACUCUUGAAAUAACUAUUCAGAGAUAGAGAUAGGAAACAGGCAAAGAAGUAAGCAGCUUAUGUUUCAAGUCUUCGUGAAAUGCUAAAAGACGCGGUUGUGGGAAACGCAGCUGUGAUUGAUAUCUUGGGUCCAAAACGUUGAGCCUAAAAUGAACUGUGUUCAUUAGCUCAGGUGGACUUUCUAUUCUGUUGUACGUGUUUGUGUGCAGUGGCCAAAGUCAAGCCAUACCAUCUAAUGCCAUUUCUAUGACACAAACCUGUGAAUUGAUAGAUGGCUUAAAAAGAUGGCUCUUCAUGGAUAUGGAUAGCUCAGGCAAUUAUUUUUCUACAACCAGCUUUCUGGGGUUAAAUGUGUUUUUUUUUUUCUAAUUCCUGUACUCAUUUUGUUCUUGUGUGCAAUCAUGUUUUAAGCAAUGCAUUUUCUUAUCUUUGUGUAUGGGAAGUUGUUACGUAUUUCUAAUGAUAAAAUGAAGCAUGUGUGUGUACGCGUGUUUGUUUGUUUGUGUGUGUGUGUGUGCAUGCAUGCAGCGUGCAUAUUUGUGUGUCUGUUUGUGCGUGCGUGUGUGUGUGUGUGUGUGUGUGUGUGUGUGUGUGUGUGUGUGUGUGCGUAUGUGUGUGAACAUUGUUAUAUACAGUAUAUCGGCAGUCAGGAUUUUUCAGUGUUAAGUGAUUAAGUGAUAAUGAGAUGAUGAGUGUGAUGAAUGUGUUCUUUGUGGCAUCAAUAUCAAUAACAUUUUUUAAACUUCCCAUGUUAUUUUCCUUACAAUUCAAGAAACCUCUUUGUAAAGUUUUGUUUUAACCUUUUAAAAUUUGGUUUGAGUGAAUAUGACACCUUAAUAUCCUUGAAAUCCUUGACUUUAAAAUACAUACUGUAGGAAAAGGCUAAAUUCCCUUGGACCCAUGAAGUAAUGCCACAGUAUUUAUUUUUAUAAAAUGUUUUCUUUUUUAUGAAAUUGUAUGAUUAUGCCAAUUGUCUUGAGAUGCACAGUGAUUUUUUUGUUUGUUUGUGCAUGUGGUUGUGUAUCAGUCUCAAUUGACAAAAAAAAAAAAAAAUGUUAUCGAUAGCCUACCUUUAAAGGGGAGGCUUUUUCCAAACACAACUUAUCAAAAGGAACUAUUGUAUUUUGUAUAACUUUAUUAAGAGCAUUAAAAUGUUAUGUAAUGUGUACAGGAACAAAAAUUGAAGUCAAAAUGGGUGUAAUUUUGUCUGAAUGAAGGAACUUGUGUUAUC